AUGCGUGUAGCUCUCCACCCACUCCUCCACCCACCGGUACUCUCCUCUCUGCCACCUCCAUCAGCACAGCCAGACACGCGUUCACCUGUGGUGGGGAAGAGAGGGGAGAAAGUCGACUCUUGUCUGCCCAUCACUCUCGUCCACCUAUCAAGACACCUCGUGCGCCCUCUCCCUCACCACCUGCCUCUCUCUCCCUCACCACCUGCUCUCUCUCUCUCCCUCACCACCUGCCUCUCUCCCUCACCACCUGCUCUCUCUCUCUCCCUCACCACCUGCCUCUCUCCCUCACCACCUGCUCUCUCUCUCUCCCUCACCACCUGCCUCUCUCCCUCACCACCUGCUCUCUCUCUCUCCCUCACCACCUGCCUCUCUCCAUCACCACCUGCUCUCUCUCUCCCUCACCACCUGCUCUCUCUCUCCCUCACCACCUGCUCUCUCUCUCCCUCACCACCUGCUCUCUCUCUCUCCCUCACCACCUGCCUCUCUCCCUCACCACCUGCUCUCUCUCUCUCCCUCACCACCUGCCUCUCUCCCUCACCACCUGCUCUCUCUCUCUCCCUCACCACCUGCCUCUCUCCAUCACCACCUGCUCUCUCUCUCCCUCACCACCUGCUCUCUCUCUCCCUCACCACCUGCUCUCUCUCUCCCUCACCACCUGCUCUCUCUCUCCCUCACCACCUGCUCUCUCUCUCCCUCACCACCUGCUCUCUCUCCCUCACCACCUGCUCUCUCUCUCCCUCACCACCUGCUCUCUCUCUCCCUCACCACCUGCUCUCUCUCUCCCUCACCACCUGCUCUCUCUCUCCCUCACCACCUGCUCUCUCUCCCUCACCACCUGCUCUCUCUCCCUCACCACCUGCUCUCUCUCUCCCUCACCAUCUGCUCUCUCUCUCCCUCACCACCUGCUCUCUCUCUCCCUCACCACCUGCUCUCUCUCUCCCCCUCACCUCAUGCGCCCUCUCCCGCAUCACUAUCACCAUGUGCGCUCCCAUGAGAGGCAAGAAGCGCGCCACCCUCCCUAUUGACACACCUCAUGUGCUUUCUCCUUCACCUCGUGUAGCCAUAGCUCAUUUGCUCCCUCUCUCCCUCACCUCAUGUGCUCUCUCCCGCAGCACCAUGUGCGCUCCCAUGAGAGGCAAGAAGCGCGCCACCCUCCCUAGACUUCUAGCGACCCUUUCGCCCAAUGAGAUGUGA